AAGAAAGCCGGGGGGGGUACUGCGACAACGGCGAAAGCGCAAAAAGCGAGUUGACAUGGCGGAGGCCGGGAAAGUGAGGAAAGAGGCGGCGAGUGCGGCCAAAGACACAGUGCGACCGCGAGAGGGCGAGACGAGAGCCGAGAAUCCACAUUUGAAGCCGCAGGAAGAGCCGCAGAUCGGCAUUCUUCCCACGACCAAGUGGGAAGACAUCUCACUGCAGCGAGGCUUACUGGAGGAGCUGCGGGCGAACGAUGGCAUAAGAGCAGUCUGCCGGGAGAUUGGUCGCAUUGCCAACGAUGUGGAAGUGAAGGCUCAAGAGCUGCCCUUUGUGGUAGCCGAGGACCUGGUGAAGAACAUCGGGGAGCACCAGCUGCAAGCCAUCCUUGCAUACACGCACGAUUUUCAGGCGCCGUCCGGCAAAGCCGGAAAUCUCUACUUCGAGCUGAACAACGCCCUCCGAAAGCGUGGGGUGGAAGACCGGGCUUCUAUGAUGAGGACCUGGGGCCCAUUUGUUUGCUAUGCAUUGAAGGGUAUGGGUCAGCUGCCUGCGCACCAAGGUGUGGUGUACCGGGGCAUGCCCGGAAAAGAUUUUGUGCUUAGCCAGUACAAGAAAGGGCGUCCCAUCCAGUGGGGCGCGUUUUCUUCCACCUCAACCUUCAAAGCCAGCUCCGUACAAUUCAUGGAGGCAGAUGGUGUCCUUCUGAAGAUCGAUGUUCAGAGCGGACGGAAGCUCGGUGCCAUCUCAUUUUUCCCCCAGGAGGAGGAGGUGAUACUGUCGCCCAACUGCAGAUUCGUAGUCACAUCCGAUUCCUACGAGCAAGAUGGAGUGACACUGGUGGACCUAGUGGAAACGACGACAGAUGCCUUCAUCUCCUGA